AUGAUUCAAAGACAACAACAAACAACAUCCAAUCGCUCCGAUGCAUUGAAUGUGCAUGUCGUGAUGGUGGAUUUUGAAAUACAUUCAUCACAGUCAUGCCGAAAUUCAUCGUCACAUUCCGAAAUUCACUUAAAAGAUUUGACAUUGUUUCAAAAGUUGAAAAAACAAAUGAUCACAAAUCCAUUAAAACCAAAAAAUCAUACCUUCAAGAUUCUCAUCAUUGGAGGUUCACAAGUCGGAAAAUAUUCACUCGCUUGUUCUUUUUCUAAAUUUAAAAAUCUAAAAGGAUAUGCUGAGCUCAUUUCAUUCGUUUCAAAUGUCAUUUCAUUUGAUCAUGUUCAAAUUACAGGUCAUGUCUUUAUGGAUCCAGCGGAUGGAGUCAUUCAUGUGUUGGAUGUGUCACAAACUUGUCAAAGCAAUAGAGAAGAAUUUCACAAGUGGAAUUUAUUUGUUUUGAAAGGAUUGGUUAAGGACAAUGCAUUGCAUGUAGUGGUUGGAAAUAAGAAUGAUUUAAGUAACGAAGAGAGAAGAAUGACCUUUCAAGAGGGUCAAAAAUUGGCAAAAGAAUUGAAUUAUCCAUAUGUGGAAACGAGUGCAUGGAGUCCGAAUAGUUUUCAUGUGUUUGAAAUGAUGCUUCAGAAGAUUUAUACUCGUCAAAACGAGAGAACCAACCCGUGGUUGAGAUCAACCUUUGUCAUUAAUGAGAGUAAUGGAAGGAUUAUGAAAGUAAGAGAGUCGAAACAACAUGAACAAUUAAUGACCCAACCAUUCAAGUAUCAAAAGAAAAUGAUUAUUGUAUUGUUUGUUAUAAAAGUGGUCACAGUAAUUAGUGUUUUCAUGGUAUUGUGA